AUGAGAACUGAUCCAAGCUUAGUUCUCAUGUGUCGUGGCUUCACGUCAUUGGUCGAGAUGUUUUGGAAAGAAAGAAAAAUUUUCAUUUCUUCCCUUCGCCGUCGAAGGUCAGUUUUCCGGCAAUUGAAAAUCUCACAAAUUCAAGCUGAGCNUUCCGGUGUUCAUCAUCGCCGUGCGCUUUCCUUACUCCGUGCUGAUUUCUCCACUUCGACGCUGCAGAUUCCGCCGUUCGAUCACCAGCCGCGUCUGUAUAACAGUCCUUCCGCCGAUGAAGUUUUCCAGAAACGGAAGAAGUUUCUCGGACCUUCUCUUUUCCACUUCUACCAAAAGCCUCUUAACAUCGGUGAAGGCAAGAUGCAAUACUUGUUUGAUGAGAGUGGUAGGCGAUAUCUGGAUGCAUUUGCUGGAAUAGUCACCAACAAAGUAUGGCCCUUUACCUUUACCGUAUCUUCAUCUCAAUCUUCUUCUUAUCUUUAUAUCGCUCGAUGUUAUAAGAGUCCCGCGUUGUNCCGAGAAGUUCCGAUAUUGCAGAGGGUAGCAGCGGAAACAACAUGGUAG